UCCUUUUUGUUGCAACUUGCUGAGCUCUCGGAAAACUGCUCCUGUAAUCAGCCCCCAAAGAAGGUUGGACGCGGUCCGAAAUGCAUCUCGGUAGGAGUAAUCAACCAAUCACAUAGCCUCGUUUAUUCAUUGCUCGUUUAGAACGGACUAAACACACGCAAGAAUGAAGAGUUUAUAUUUGCGUUUAUUUCAAGAUACGCAAUAUUUUUGUUACAACAAAAUAGUCGAAAUGAAAGGUAAGUUCCUAAAAUGACCUUUCAUUGUUUUUUCUUGCAUGCAGCCAUUAUCAUUGAUUUCGCCAUGUUUAAUUUCGCCGCGGCUGUCCAAUAUUGCCGCCAUUACCCACGUUGUGUAUUCACCUAACACGUUCGAUUUCACUGCAAAUAUCCUGAGGGUGCUCGUUUGUAUUGUAAACAUGGUUGUGAUAAAUCAUGAUGUGCUUGUCGCCAAACCUCUUCUCUGCCACACCGUAAGCUUCAUGGAAAAUUCCAAGAGUCUCGAUCUAGUGUUCGAGCUGUUUUGA